GUGUUUCCGUCAUAGAGUCGCAGUCCUGUCUUCUCAGUGCUUGCCUCUACAACCUCUGCAAUGCCGCCUCGUUUGUCGGGACAAAGAGCACUCUUUGGUUUCACUUUAGGUGUCGACUCAGCUGCAACAUGUAUGCAUACGUCUAGAACGUUGGCAACCAGUGCGGCAAGGUCCUUGAGAGAAAGGCGACAACAAGUUUGGGCAACAGCAAGCAAAGACAGUGCUCCGCGGUGGCCAAGACGGUUCAGACGAGGCUUUCAUGCGUCAUCUCCGUCCCGUGCUCAUAAAGAUCCUUACCAAGUGCUCGGCGUAGCCAAAGAUGCAUCUUUAGCUGAUAUUAAAAAAUCCUACUAUUCACUUGCCAGGAAAUAUCAUCCAGAUACGAACAAGGAGAAAGACGCUCAAGAAAAAUUUGUCGAGAUCCAAGCCGCGUAUGACACCCUCAGCGAUGAAGGAAAACGGACAGCUUAUGAUCAAUAUGGAGCAGCGUCACAACAGCCAGGUUUUGAUCCGAAUGCUUUUUCGAAUGCCGGGUUUGGAGGUGCUGGAUUUAGCGGCUUCCGCGACUUUGGAAGCGCAUUCCGUGCGGGUCCGAGCGGUGCUGGUGCUGAUCUCUUUGAGCAAUUGUUUGGCACCUCGUUUGGAGGGAGAGCGGGUGGACGGGCAUCGAAUGUCAACAUUCGCGGAGAUGACUUGGAAGCAAGGAUAGGGAUCAGCUUCAUGGAUGCGGCCAAAGGCGUGAAACAAACCAUUACCAUCAUGCCCAUUGUGGAAUGCAGGUCGUGUUCAGGCAGUGGCUUGAAGCCGGGCACAAAGAAAAUGACGUGUUCGUCUUGCGGAGGAUCAGGAUCACGAACUUUUGUCGUUCAAGCAGGCUUCCACAUGGAAACUACUUGUGGCUCGUGCCAAGGAUCUGGGGAGGUGGUACCUCGAGGUGGUCAAUGUGGAGAGUGCAGUGGACAGGGUAGAGUCAGAGUCCGUAAGGCGGUAACGGUCAACAUCCCUCCCGGUGUGGAGGAUGGGAUGAUGAUUCGUGUUCCGAAUGAAGGGGACGCGCCGGCAUCUGGCAAAGGACCGAAAGGUGAUCUUCUUGUGCGCGUAAACGUUGCAGCGUCGAAAUUGUUCCGGCGGCAAGGAGUAAAUAUUCAUCACGAAGCACGUAUACCAAUGCAUACCGCUUUGCUCGGAGGAAGAGUCAGAAUACCUACCCUUGAGGGCGAUGUCGAUGUCAGGGUUCCUGGGGGAACGCAGCAAGGUGAAGAAAUGGUAUUGAAAGGUCGCGGGAUGCCAAGGCUGUAUGGUAGUGGCGGUGGUGAUAAAGGGGACCUCUUUGUGUCGUUUGCCAUUCAGCUCCCGAGGACAUUGACAAAGCGUCAGAGGGAAUUACUGCAGGCAUACGCUGACGACGUCGAAGGCCGAUCUUCAAGACCGGCUUCGUCUUCCGGUGACGGUCCUCGUGAGCCGAGAGGACACACGACGAAAUCGUCGGGAGAAGCUACUUCGGAAGGCACUUCAGCAAAUGACACAAACGGUAUGCACGCGUUCAAUAAUACAUCAUCCCACUUGCCCGACCGGGAGAGUGGCUGGAUUUCUGCUGCUUGGCAAAGAGGCAAGAAAUUUUUCGGGCUAUGAUUUUGCACGUUCAUUUUUAUUUCGGUCCGUCCUUUACAUUGUCUGGCAAUUUUCUCAUCUGCAUUUGCUCGGUGGACAGGUGCAUCGAACGCGCAAAAAGAGGCAGAUGGCGAUAAGGAACGAAAGCGACGGACUGCUACCGGUUGAAACGGUACCAGUUGCAUGUAGAGACGAAGAGGCGCGAAUAGGAACGAGAUUCGAAUAGAGCAAAAUAAUAAUUUUACACAUCAACUAAAUUUAAUGUCGACAUGGUGGGAAGGGAAGCCGACUUGUGAGCGAUGGUGACUGACGGCACGCUGGGCGGGAAUAGUGCGAGUCAGAAACGCAGCAUCUGAGGCCCUGAGCUAGGCUGAAUGCACGGGCCUCAUGUUAUGCGAGAAGAUGAUGUCGACGGGCGCCUUGUGUCUGCUGGUGUACGAGAGAUGAUGUGUCAUCCGAAAAAGACGUCGGCAUGCGUCCACGUGCUGUGUGCAUCUUUAUCCUUUGCAGGAAUCAUGCUCUGGCUCAGCCUUUUCCUGUUGCCCCGGUGCUGAUGUUGUGAUCUUGCCCUGGUGCUGGUCUCCCGCAGGUCCUCCUCGGCCCUACAAGGCAAGCCCGCUGCCGCGCUCUCCUUAUUCGCCGUCCUUUGUCCACUAGUGUCCAUCCGGCGACGGUGCCUCACUCUGGGACGCCACUUAACACAGAUCCCGUCCCGGUCUCCUUGAAACUCGCAUUCUCCGAUGCUCUGGCUAAAACUUAUCUCUCCGCUAUGAUCUGCGCUCUAAGAUCUAUCAUCAUCGCCCCUCACGGCAUCGAAACGCACACUCCGGUACACCCGAUCCUUGCUAAUGUCUCUGACGGAUUAAAUUAUUCUCGUUAAAGUAAUUCUGCCUGUCCUGCAAGCGCUAGGCUCUUCCGUUGCAUAUAAGUACGCUUGUGCAAUCGCACAAUGCAUAACUACAUCUCAUUGCCUCUUCUCUACUCACUCCGCUAUAGCCGAGCUUCUGAUCCGUCUCUCAAUGUCUGUCAGUGGCACUACUCGGGCUGUCUCUCCGCUCUCUGGUCAUAGCCGCCGCAUACAACGAUCUGAAAGCUUGACCCCGUCGCCCUCUCUUGCUGAGACUAUUGCGGAUCGUGCUGCUACGACUGCUGAAAAGUUCCCGGAUGUCGCUGCCGCUCCGAACUCAGCAGUCCCAAGUCUUUGCUCUUCUCGAACGGCUUCCGUAAUUGAUGUAGUACAUUCGGGAAACAAACAAUCUGUGGACGGUAUAUCGUUCAUCCGCCUUUUGACUGCACAUAUCGGGGCUGCCCUGGCGUUGUUUCUAGCAACUACCGACGCUACUAUCGUGUCAACUAGUCUACCAACUAUUAUCGCAGAUCUUCACGCGUCUCAGAGCCAAUAUCCAUGGGUUGGCGUCGCUUAUGCGAUUUCGCAGACUGCGCUACAGCCCCUAUACGGACAAUUCUCCGACCUUUUAGGGAGAAAGACAGUCUUAUAUACCAGCAUAUUCAUCUUCAUGAUCGGCUCUUUGUUAUGCGGCCUCGCGCCUAAUUACGUCUUACUGUGUGUAUUUCGGGCCGUGGCGGGCAUUGGUGGGGGUGGCAUAGUGAGCGCGGUCUGGCUCAUUACUGCGGAACUUGUGGCAGAGGACCGAAGAGCACAGUGGUCUCAAGCUUUGAGCGUAACCUGGAGCGCAUCUGCAUUGGCUGGUCCGUUGCUUGGUGGCGCAUUCAGUGACUCUAACGGCGCGCUCAGCUGGCGCUGGGCAUUCUUAAUUAGUCUCCCUAUCGCUUCCGUAGCUUGGACACUUCUCCACUUUUCUCUGAAAAAUGUUCCGCUGCAUCCGGCGACAGGCAUGACUUGGUCGAAAUUAUGCAGCAGAUUCGAUAUCCUAGGCCUAUUCUUCUUCAUGUGCGGUACUAUCGGGCUUGUGCUCGGCUUCAGUUUCUCUUCGCAAUAUGGGUGGUCGUCCCCGGCGACUCUGGUACCCCUGAUUAUGGGUUGCGUCAUCUUGAUAAUUGGUUCUGUUUACGAAAGGCAUACAACACGGGAUGCUCUUUUUCCUUCACAAAUGUUUAAUAACGUUACCGUCGGUACUAUCCUCAUCAUCAGCUUCUUGCACCAACUCGCAUUCAAUGCUGGAACCUUUUUCCUGGCACUGUAUUAUCAGGCUGUGAACGGCUCAUCGCCGCUGGCGGCUGGCAUGCGUAUGUUGCCAUAUUCACUAGGAGCAUCUCUGGCAUCCAUGCCUGUUGCCUGUUUUGUUUCUUACCGCCAACGCAAGACCAAGUCAACAAGUGCUCAGAAGAUUGUUAUCAUGGUUGGCUUAGCCGUAGCAACUACUGGAUUCGGUCUCAUGAUUUCUUUGAGCAAUCACACCUCAGUUGUACUUCAAGAGAUUGCUCCGCUAGUCGCGGGUAUCGGAAUCGGAAUGUUGUUCCAUACACCAUACCAAGUGCUCACGAGGGCUCUGCGGCCUGACGACAUCGCUAGUGCCACGAGCGCAUUUUUCCUGGUGCGAUUCACCGGAGCAACAUGCGGACUGGCUGUCGCAGGAGCUGUAUUCAAUGGUCGCCUGUCCCAUUCAGACUAUGCCGAACUAUUGGGUUCGGCGACGUCUAUUGACCUACGUGCUCUAGCUAGAUUGGAGCCUCUUCGCAUAAGGGCAGAAGUACUCGGGGUCGUGUCAUCGGCGAUUCAGUUGAUCUGGAUUGUCUGCACGCCCUGCCUCGCGCUAGCGUUGGUCAUUUCGCCGCUGAUCAAAACAGUGUCGACAGAUUCGACUGAUCAGGGACGAGUAUCUGUCCAACGACAAGACGAUGAGAAGCAAUCGCAAGUGUGAAUAUCGCACGACACCUUACGUUACUAAUUCACCAUGCAUUUGGCUCAUUCCCUCUUCUUAAUUACUUCGCAAUUUCGUCCCUUUGAAAUGAUCCGAGGCAAAGUUAGGUUAUGUGUUUGAUCAUAAUAUUUAGUCAUAAUAUUCUCCCUCAGAUAAUUUUUGUUGAUUUUUUAAUGUUCGUCCUUCUAAGUAGUUUUUAUUCAGAUGUAUCGAAUAGUUUG